AUGCAGGGACCAAGACCCGUGGUUCUGAGUGGCCCAUCAGGUGCGGGGAAGAGCACUUUGUUAAAGAAAUUGCUUAAAGAUUACGAGAACCUCUUCGGCUUCAGCGUCUCCCAUACCACGAGGCAGCCAAGACCUGGAGAAGUAAAUGGCAAAGAUUACCACUUUGUGACCAGAGAGGAAAUGCAGAAAGAAAUCGAUGCUGGUGAAUUCAUCGAGCACGCAGAGUUCUCCGGAAACAUGUACGGGACGAGUAAAGGCGCGGUGCAGGCUGUUCAGGCCCAGAACCAGAUCUGCGUCCUCGACAUUGACAUCCAAGGUGUGAAGAACAUCAAGAGGACAGACCUGAACCCCAUCUACAUCUCCGUGCAGCCUCCGUCCAUAGACAUCUUGGAAAAAAGACUACGUGACCGAAAGACUGAGACAGAAGAAAGUUUACUGAAGCGUUUGAAUGCAGCCCGUGUAGAUUUGGAACUUAGUAAAGAGCCUGGCCUGUUUGACUUGGUCAUUAUUAAUGACGAUUUAGAAAAAGCCUAUUCCGAAUUGAAGGAGAUUCUCCUGGAGGAAAUCAAGAAGACCCAAGAAUCCAGGAAGUCCUGAGCUGAGCCUGCUUGGACGUUUUAACUUUGCACAUCAUUCCUGAACCACAUCACACCACUUUAUUCCAAGAGACAUUCCCUUUAGGCUGAUCCUCCUCCCAAGUUACUCUAGGAUGUUUCUAUUAAAAGGAAAGAAA